UGGUUGGAAGCCGUUGUCCACGGUCGAAAGGGCGCAUCCAUCGAUCUGAACAGGUGCCUCAGAACCUGUUUGACCAUCUGGCUGUAUACCGGAAAGAUCAUGUUUUUUAUUCACAUCUUUGCGUUUCGUCAUGCUCCUCACCUUAUAAAGCUGCCGGCUGUCGGGCGCUCACCGAGUUUGAAGGCCUCGACCCGACGUCACUGAUCGACCGUUUGGUGGACCGCCCCGAGAGCAAAGACUUGACGCGCCUUUCGCAGCCCAUUUUUGUGGAAAGACGCGCCUUUUCCUUUUCGGCCAAAUCGGUACCAUGAGCGGCUACAAGGAUGGAGACAAGCCGAGCUGUUGUGCCAGGGAUGGCUUUGCCACCCCGUUGGAGGCCAUGAAGAACGGAGAACCCGAAAAGGUGAUCUACAUUCCUGCGGUGCAGAUGGAGAAGGGCACCAAGCCAGAUUACUUGGCCACCGUGGAUGUGGAUCCCAAGAGCCCCACCUACUCUCAGGUGAUCCACCGUUUGCACAUGGCGGAGCCGGGCGACGAGCUGCACCACUUGGGCUGGAACGCCUGCUCCAGCUGCCGCGGUCAAACGGGACGCCCCACGCAUUCCUUCAUCGUGGCGCCCGGCGUCUUGUCGGGCAACAUCCACAUCAUCGACGUGAAGUCGGAUCCCAAGGCACCGAAGCUCCACAAGACCAUCCCAGGGCCGGAGAUUCUGAGCAAAGUGGGUGCGGCGUUGCCGCAUACCACGCACUGCGCUCCGGACGAGCUCAUCAUGUCCUUCAUGGGCAGUGGCACUGCGAAGGAUGGCUUCAAACCGGAAGGCGCUGGCUUUGUGUCCUUUGACCCCAGGACGUUUGAGAUCAAGCGACGUUGGGAGGCGGGGCCCAAGGCACCAACCUUUGGAUAUGACUUUUGGUAUCAGCUGCGGCACGAUGUCAUGAUCUCCUCUGAGUGGGGCGAUCCUGAUUGCUUCACCAAGGGCUUCAAUCCAGGCCAUGUCUCGGAAGGAAAGUAUGGCAACAAGCUCUACGUCUGGAACUUCAAGGAUCAUACUUUGAAGCAGGAGAUUGAUUUGGGUGCCGGCGCCAUUCCCUUGGAAGUCCGCUUCUUGCACAAUCCCGAGAAGCCCGUGGCCUUUACUGGAUGUGCCCUGAGCUCCGAGAUGAUCCAGAUCACACCGAAGAGUGAUGGUCAAUGGGCAGCCAAGUGUGUGAUCAAAGUGGACCCCAUUCCGGUCACAGGCUGGGCCUUGCCUCAUAUGCCAGGGCUCAUCACGGAUUUCUUGAUCUCCAUGGACGAUCGGUUUUUGUAUCUCUCCAAUUGGUUGCACGGCGACGUGCGUCAGUACGACCUCAGCGGUGAAGAGCCGAAGCUGGUGGGACAGUUCUUCGUGGGAGGUUCCAUGAAGCGUGGAGGCCCCGUGAAGCGCACCGAUGGAGAGGAACAACCUGAAGCCUUGGUGGUGAAGGGAGUGGAAAUCCAAGGUGGAGCACAGAUGGUCCAACUGAGUCUGGAUGGAAAGCGGCUUUACGUGUCCACGUCCCUCUUUUCUUCCUGGGACAAGCAGUUCUAUCCGGACAUGGCCACACGUGGUGCGCAGAUGAUUCAGUUGGAUGUCGACACCGAGAAGGGCGGGCUCACAUUGAACCCCGAUUUCUUGGUGGAUUUUGGACAAGAACCCGAUGGCCCAGUGCUGUGCCAUGAAAUGCGACUGCCGGGCGGCGACUGCACCAGUGACAUCUUCCUCUAAGGCUCCAGUGCCGAAGUACCACAGCUCCGGGCUGUGAAACUGAUGUUGGCCACAGAAUUCGUGAGGCAAAAGAUCCUGCGAAACCAACGCCAUCUGUGAACGCAACUAGUUGCAAAGAAGUGGUUUUUGUGACCUCGGGAGCUAUGCCAGCCUUGUGAUCUGGAGCUCUUUUCACAGCCUCUUUCAGCUCCAUUCACUCACAUUUAGAGGCUAGCUCCCUUCAGACCAUACAUCCACCAUUGCAGCC